CUCUUAAGGAUUUGAAGGGUUGUGGCUGUUUUGGGUUUGGGUCUGGGCCAAAGGUCAGUCACACACGCGGGCUUGGAGGUAGGCAGGUAGAAAAGGUACAAGGAGACAAAUCAAAUUUAAAAAUAGCCUACCUUUGUCCUCAGUUUUACCCCUGGACCACAAUGGGUUCAGACGUCCGUGACCUAAACUCCCUGCUGCCCCCAGUCCCGGCGGGCCCCAGCCCCGGCUGCCCGGCCCUGCCCGUCAGCACGGCCCCUCAGUGGGCUCCCGUCUUGGACUUCCACACGGCCGCCUCCCCUUACUCCUCCCUGGCCGCCUCUCACACCUCCCUGGGGCCGCACUCCUUCAUCAAGCAGGAGCCCACCUGGGGGACCACGGGCGACCCCCACCACCUCGACACGGACCCCCACUGCGGCCUCAGCGCCUUCACCGUCCACUUCUCGGGGCAGUUCACGGGCACGGGGGCCUGCAGGUACGGGGCGUUCGGGGCGCCCCCUCCUCCGGUGCCCCCCACUAGCCAGCCGCCUUCCGUCGGGGCCCCGCAUCACCACCAGCCCCCCAGCAGGAUGUUCAGCAACCCGCCAUACCUGACCAACUGCAUGGACACACAGUCCACAGCCCGCAACCAGACAGGAUACGGCGCGGUUGCGUUUGAUGGAGCCGGUAAUUAUGGUCACACUCCUACGCACCACAGCUCGCAGUUCUCCAACCACACCUUCAAACACGAAGACGCUUUAACUCAGCAGAACACCAUGGGUGAGCAGCAGUAUCCUGUACCCCCUCCUGUAUAUGGAUGCCACACACCUUCAGACAGCUGUACAGGCAGCCAGGCACUGCUGUUGAGGAAUCCUUACAACAGCCAUGCAGCAGGCUACGACAGUGACCCCAACACUCCCAUGGUGUACAGCUGCAGCACGCAGUACCGCAUACACACACACGGAGUCUUCAGGGGCAUACAGGAUGUACGGCGGGUCCCCAGCAUCGCUCCAGCAAUAGUGCGGUCAGAGAGCAGCGAGAAGCGUCCCUUCAUGUGUGCCUACCCAGGAUGCAACAAACGCUACUUCAAGCUGUCUCAUCUGCAGAUGCACAGUCGCAAACACACAGGAGAGAAACCUUACCAGUGUGAGUUCACAGACUGCGGCCGGAGGUUUUCUCGUUCCGACCAGCUCAAAAGACACCAGAGGAGGCACACAGGAGUUAAACCCUUCCAAUGCGAGACGUGUCAGAGAAAGUUCUCUCGGUCUGACCACCUUAAGACACACACCCGGACUCAUACAGGUAAAACAAGUGAGAAGCCGUUUAACUGCCGGUGGCCGAACUGUCAGAAGAAGUUUGCCCGGAGCGACGAGUUGGUGCGGCACCACAACAUGCACCAGAGGAACCUCAGCAAGCUCCAGCUGGCCAUCUGAGAGUGUGUUCAGUCGAUAUCACGGUUUUACAUGUAAACAUCGGGCUUACAUCUGUUUAUAUAUUCUGUCUCUGGUUAAUCCAAACCUGGUUAUCACAUUAUCAACCACAGCGCCGUCUAUAGCUCUGUGUUCCGAUACGGCCCUUAAAAAGUUA